GGCAGGCCGAACUGCUGAGCGCCCGCGUCGCGGGCCCUGACUCUAUGGCCCCAGGGGAGCGCGCCGGAGCCGCCGCGCAGCCCACCACCAGCCGGAGGAAGAGGGGAGCCCCGGGCACCGCCGGCCCCAGCCCCCGGGCCCGCCCGCGGCCCCCGCCCCCGCCGCGGGGAAUGGCAGGCAGGUAGCCGGCUCGCGCGAGGACCCCCGCGGCGGGCAGGAUCCGCCGAGGACGCAGGAGCCCGGAGAGAAGGAGAGGAGGAGCGGUCCGCCCGCCCCCGGCCGCAGCCCCACGAGGGCCCUCCCCCGCGGCGCGCGAGCGCGCGCGCACACACUUGCAUACAGUACCUCGGCUCCUGCCCAGUCUUGCCUGCCCCCCGCCGGUGCCGAACCCUCUGGGGCCGGAUGCCAUGGGUAACAACUUCUCCAGUAUCCCCUCUCUGCCCCGAGGAAAUCCGAACCGGGCGCCGCGGGGUCACCCCCAAAACCUCAAAGACUCCAUCGGGGGCCCCUUCCCUGUCACCUCUCACCGAUGCCACCACAAGCAGAAGCACUGCCCCCCGGUGCUGCCCGGCGGGGGGCUCCCAGCCACGCCGCUGCUCUUCCACCCACACACCAAGGGCUCCCAGAUCCUCAUGGACCUCAGCCACAAGGCCGUUAAGAGGCAGGCCAGCUUCUGCAAUGCCAUCACCUUCAGUAACCGCCCAGUCCUCAUCUACGAGCAAGUCAGGCUGAAGAUCACCAAGAAGCAGUGCUGCUGGAGCGGGGCUCUGCGCCUGGGCUUCACGAGCAAGGACCCCUCCCGCAUCCACCCCGACUCGCUGCCCAAGUACGCCUGCCCCGACCUGGUGUCCCAGAGCGGCUUCUGGGCCAAGGCGCUGCCCGAGGAGUUUGCCAACGAGGGCAACAUCAUCGCCUUCUGGGUGGACAAGAAGGGCCGUGUGUUCUACCGCAUCAACGACUCGGCUGCCAUGCUCUUCUUCAACGGGGUCCGCACGGCCGACCCGCUCUGGGCCCUGGUGGACGUCUACGGCCUCACGCGGGGCGUCCAGCUGCUCGACAGCGAGCUGGUGCUCCCGGACUGCCUGCGGCCGCGCUCCUUCACCGCGCUGCGGCGGCCGUCACUGCGGCGCGAGGCCGACGACGCGCGCCUCUCCGUGAGCCUGUGCGACCUCAACGUGCCGGGCGGCGACGGCGACGAGCCCCCGCCGGCCGCCGGCUGCCCGGUGCCGCAGAACUCGCUCAACUCGCAGCACAGCCGCGCGCUGCCCGCGCAGCUCGACGGCGACCUGCGCUUCCACGCGCUGCGCGCCGGCGCGCACGUCCGCAUCCUGGACGAGCAGACGGUGGCGCGCCUGGAGCACGGGCGCGACGAGCGCGCGCUCGUCUUCACCAGCCGGCCCGUGCGCGUGGCCGAGACCAUCUUCGUCAAGGUCACGCGCUCGGGCGGCGCGCGGCCCGGCGCGCUCUCGUUCGGCGUCACCACGUGCGACCCCGGCACGCUGCGGCCCGCCGAGCUGCCCUUCAGCCCCGAGGCGCUGGUGGACCGCAAGGAGUUCUGGGCCGUGUGCCGCGUGCCCGGGCCCCUGCACAGCGGCGACAUCCUGGGCCUGGUGGUCAACGCCGAAGGCGAGCUGCACCUCAGCCACAACGGCGCCGCGGCCGGCAUGCAGCUGUGCGUGGACGCCUCGCAGCCGCUCUGGAUGCUCUUCGGUCUGCACGGGGCCGUCACGCAGAUCCGCAUCCUUGGCUCCACCAUCCUGGCAGAGCGGGGCAUGCCAUCACUCCCCUGCUCCCCUGCCUCCACGCCAACCUCACCCAGCGCCCUGGGCAGCCACCUCUCCGACCCCUUGCUCAGCACGUGCAGCUCCGGACCUCUGGGUAGCUCUGCUGGUGGGACGGCCCCCAACUCACCGGUGAGCCUGCCAGAGUCACCAGUGACCCCAGGCACGGGCCAGUGGAGUGAUGAGUGCACAAUUUGCUAUGAGCACGCGGUGGACACGGUCAUCUACACAUGUGGCCACAUGUGCCUCUGCUACGCCUGUGGUCUACGCCUCAAGAAGGCCUUGCACGCCUGCUGCCCCAUCUGCCGCCGCCCCAUCAAGGACAUCAUCAAGACCUACCGCAGCUCCUAGCCCGCUGCGGUGCCCCACCCCGCACACCCACCUCCUCAGACUGCGGCCCAGCUCCAGCUGAGGGGCAAGCCAACAGGGACCCUUCUCUUCUUCCUCAUUUUGGAAACUCUUUUCUCUUCUCAUUAAACAUGGGAAACUGAGGCCCCUGAAGGUUUGGGGAGAAAGGAGAUAUCUGGCAGGGAGGUGGGAGCAGAAGCAGAUCCCCUGGCAGAGGGGAGGGGAGGAGUCCAUGUUCUCCCUGUCUUUCCCUUCUCUGCACCCAGCUCUUCCCUGCAUGCUGAGGGGCUAAACUGGGGUCUCAGUCUGUCCUAAUCCUCCCCAAUCUGGGGCAGAUUUCUAGGAGGUCCCUCUAGCCUGUGUGGCGCCUCUGUGAGAAUUAGAAAACAUGUCCGUUCCUCUGGGCAGAUGUGGCCCUGAGCCAGGGCAUGUGGCUUGGCCAGUGGAGUAUGGACUGGACUUCAGCCUCCGUUUGCUUCCUCAGCCAGCUUCCCUUGAGCAGUGUACAACCUGCUCAACAGCAGCCCUGGGCAGGCAGCCCCUGAGCUGCUGCCUUACUCUCUGACCUAUACACACCUCUUUCCUCUCUUCCCUGCCCCUUGGGCCUGGCAGCCAGGGGUAAGGCCAGUGGAUACCUCUCACCCCGGGCAGGUGCAGCCUCUAUGCCAUGUCCUUUUCUACUCGCCCAGGGUGGGUGGCCUGAGAGGCCAUAGGAGGUUCCAGGUUCUGGAUCCCCGGCCCCAUGCCCUAGCUGAGAUGCCGAGGGCUCCUUCCUGGCUGUAGCCUUUCUGCCCCGUUCAUCUCGCUGGCUGCUGCUGCCCGGGACGGCCUCUUGUUGUGGGCUGGAGAGCGGGCCUAUCUUCUUUCAGAGUCUCUAAGAACAGGUGCACGUCUCCUCUCUGUGCCCUGUCCUCCCGCAUCUCAGUGCUGUCCUGGGCGUGGCUGAUGCUUAGAGAGGCUGUAGUGUUCCCAGGAGAGGCCAGAGCCCUGGUUGGGGGUUUCCCUGGGGUAAGACCAGCCUUUUUCCUUAUUUUAAUUUAUUUAUUUAUUUGGUUUGUGGGUUUUUUUUUGGGGGGGGGGGGGUGAGCUCCCAUCCCCUGGGCCCCCAGAAAUGCUGCCCUGGCGUGCAGGGUGCCUGGUGAGGGGCCGGCAGAGGUAGUCCUCACUCAGAAUCUUCCAUAGACUCCAGCCCAAAAGUCCAUGGCCAGCCCUGCCUAUCAUGAAUUAGAAGUCCAUAAAAAGGGGCUGAGUUGGGAGGCCUCCUGGCAAACUGUGUCCAUUUUACAGAGCAGCAAACUGAGUCUCCUCAAGGCCCCGGGGCUGGUGGAUCACCCAGAGCCGCAAAGUGCCCUUCCUCCCUGGGCGGAGCAGGGUUAUCAUCCUUGGCUCAAACAGCUAGCAGGCCCAGGAGUUCCCCUCCGCAAGGACAUGAGUUCUAGGAGGGCCGAGGAGGGGCCCAGCUUGGGCAGGAACAGGGCUGGGGGCCUGCUCUUAGGAAAGGCCCUUCACCUGCGGGAAAGAUGGGGAGGGCUGGCUUCCAGCACGUCUGGGUUCUUCCUGGUUUUGGGUGAGGGACUGCCCCCCAUCUGCUCUUGGGUUACAGUCGUCUCAGCCCUGCCCACCCUGUCCUGAUUGGCCUCGGGCUGGAGCCAGCUGUCUGAGGCUUGGCCUGGUGUCCCCCGAGCCUCCCAGCCCUCUGCCCCCUCAGAUGGCUUGUGUCCAUCAGUCUGCUGCUCCCUGUGGCCAGCAGAGCAUGGGAGUCUAGACCUGGCCACUGACCGGUUGUGUGGCCCUGGCCGGGUCACAGCCCCUCUGAGCCUCAGCUGCCGCCUCUGUAAGAUGACUGUGUGGGGAGGGGCAGACUUUCUGUGUGACGCUUGGGCUUUCUUUGGUGAGGGCUGCUAUGGGGUGGGGUGGUGGGACAGCACUGUGGGUCAGGAGCCAGGCUGGGCCUCAGUCUGCCCCUGCCUUGCGGUGGGCCUUUGGGAAGUCAUGAUUCCCCAGUCACUGACCCCGGAGACCCCUUCUGUGGGGGUGGGAUGGGGUGGGGCGGGUGGCAGCCCCAUCCAGUCAGGGGUCCCAUCUCAGAGGAGGAAAGGUGUGAAGUGCAGGGGCUGCGUGGCUGGAGGGUCCGGAAGAGGAAGCCAUCUGUUCCAUUGUCUCUGUUAGUGUGGGAGUAGUUGCUGCCUCCUUUGUGAACUUGGGUCGCUGUGAUUGUGAAUAAAGGUGAUUUCGUACCAGCCUGAGGGCUGUGCUGUGCAGUGA